CUAUCAUAUUCCAAAGCUGAGAGAGUUGUGCUAUUUUGAAAUUUAAACCUAAAUAUGUCGCUCUGAAGUAUGCAUCUUCCAAUCAUGAUUGGAAGACGAGAAUGAAUAUCUUCCAUUUUGGUCCAAUUGGGCUUUGCCAAAAAUGAAUAAGUGGUCUCAGCUAGUUGAGCUAGAUGAGGUAGAGAUUGACUAUUAUUAUGAACUUAAGGGACAUUUUUUUGGUUUUGCGACUCCUCCUGUUUGGCAGCAUGAAGAUUCUACUCAGGCUGCUCGGUCUGAGAGAGUAUCCAAAGAUAUGGCCAACUUUCGGGAUUACAUGAAUAUGCAAGUGCCCAAGCCUCCAACAUCGAAGAGGAAACCUGAGAAUGCUGCUACUGGGGUGAGCAAUAGGAGCAGAGGUGGGACAAAAAAAAUUUCUGACCGAGCUGGUGCUUCCCCGAUUCCUGAUUCUGGAACUUCUCCUGCUUUUGAGCUUCAAAUCUUAGCUAAGGUACUCCUCCAACUCUUGCUCCCAAGAAAGUCGCCCCUACUCGGAUGGCGGACCUCCAUGUUCCCAACUAGGGAGUUCUCGUCUCUGACUUUGCUUGCAAUCCUCGGAUUGCAGUUAGUAUGGUGAAUAAUCUAUCUACUCAUACUAAUGCCUACUGAGCUUCUCGGAGGUAUGAAGAGGGUCUAAUUGUUGGACUUGAAGACUUCAAGAAGUCAUAUGACUUCAGGUAUAUGCUCCGACAAGAAGGCUUUUUUGGCAUUCAAGCUGGUCUAAAGUCGGUCAGUAGAGCUCUUGUUGAUGCCAAGCUUGAUCCCAAGAUAUUGACUCUUUUUUGUCCAGCUUUGACUAGGAAAGAUGACGAAGAAGAUUUGAACAAGGAUGAAGUUUAUGAAACUUAUCGGGUUGCUGAGGAAGCUCGAAAUGCUCGGGAGGAGGGUGGUGACGAAGAUGUGGAUAUUGACACUUAUGUUGAUGAUGAAAACCCACCUAUCGAGGUUCACGAGUUGUCAGAUGAUGCACUCAUUAUUCCAAGUGCUCAAGCUUAUCCAUUCUUUUAACCAAGCAAGCUUUUGUCUCGGCAAUAGAUCAACCUUCUAAGAAUGAUCCUCUUACUUCAGUUUAACAAUUCCCUUUUUUAGUCGUUUGUGACCA